GACGAAAUCAAAUAUGGCAGGAGAACUUGGAAAAGAAGAUACGACAAGCGACCAAGCUUUGCAGGAAUUAAUGGCAGACAAUAGUUCCCAAAUGCAGCCAACCAAAAAACGAAUCAGAACGUCACUCACGAUAUUCCGUACCUAUCUUCUGGAGAAAAACCUUAAACAGAGUGUCGAGAAAACAUAUUCCCCCGAGCAACUAAACACAGUGUUGACAAAUUUUUAUCUCGAAAUGAAGAAGCCUGAUGGGAAGAAUUACGCUGGAACGUCCUUAAAGUCCAUCCGAUAUGGUCUACAGAAACAUUUUCUGAAGUUAAGAAACGAGGAUAUCGUUCGUGAUGAGAAAUACUCAAGUUGUAAUGAGACUUUUAAGACGUUAGUCAAAAUAAUGACUGAAGAAACUGAAGUUCAGAAACAGAGAAACUCCAUACAUCCAGAUGACGUAGCCAAGCUCUACAACACGGCAUUCUCGACAGAUUCACCAAAAGGGCUCCAGAGGAAGACCAUAUUUGAGUUUAUUUACUAUUUUUGUGACAGGGGACGCGAGCAUCUGAGAAGGGUAUGCAAAGAGGAUUUCGUGUUCUCCCAAGACAGUGCCGGAAGGGAAUAUGUGACCGUUAAAGGGAGAUACUCUAAGAGGGAAAGUCGUGAACAAGCGGACUCCGAGUCAGUGAGGAUGUAUAGCCGACCUGGGGACCCCACGUGUCCUGUUAGAUCUUUUAAGAAAUAUUUGAGGAAACUGAACCCGAUGAACCCGUGUUUCUGGCAGCGACCAAAGAGGACGUACUACCAGUCUGAUGCGGUAUGGUACGAAAAUGCGCCGCUUGGAAAAAACACACUGUCUGCACUUAUGUUUAAUCUAAGCGAGGAAGCCAAGCUUAGUAAGAAAUACAGCAACAGUAGCAUAAGAGCCACCGAUUUAACAGAACUAGAGUAUCAAUCAGAAUUAACAAGACUGGACCACCAAUCAAAUUUAACAAGACUAGACCACCAAUCACAUUCAAUAAGACUGGACCACCAAUCAAAUUUAACAAGACUGGACCACCAAUCAAAUUUAACAAGGCUGGAUGAUCAACCAGAGACUACUAAUGUGAUAUCAACAGUAAUAUCUGAUCUGAGUCACCAAAACUCUUGUGCAGAUUGUGAUAACAAGACACGUACCCCUAUCCUGAAUGAGUAUAGAAAUAUUUUGAUUGGAGAAGCAGCCAUCGCCUGGAAGCAGCUGAUUGGACGAUUUGACUUCUGUCAUGACAGUGAGCUAGCCAGUCAUCUGAUUGAGGUGCAUGAAGUGUAUUGUAUGAGCAAGGGCGUCUGUCCUCUGGAGAGAACACGUGAUUUACAGAACUCUGAUCUUGUCUGCAGGACAUUAGGUCAGACUCCAACAAAACGCUCUGGAGAGAGAGAAGAAAUGUCACUAAAGUUAGAAGUUGAUGAAGUGGAUGAUUCUGUCGAUGAGGACUUGAGUGGUGACAGUGACCUUGACCUUCCAAGUGAAGAGGAAAUUGAAGGAAAAGAAGAACCAUACUUUUUGGAUAAUAUCUCGCUAGAUCCUGUAUCUACUCAGCAAGCCAAAAGCAGGGUACCUCAUACACACAGUGAAUCACUGGACUCUGGAGGACAUGACUCCUCCCACAUAACCACAGAAGUCAAACAAGAACCGGUGGAAAGUAAUUCAGAAGCUGGGAGUUUUACAGUGACAAAUAACUCAUUGGGUACUGGUGAAGUGAUAGGGAAUCAAACUUUCCAAACAAAGCCAGCUAGUGUCAGUGCAGCACAGACUUCACUACUGACCACACUGAAACACACAGUGAUCACAAAACAGACUCAGAACACAAAUACAUGUACAACACAAUCACAUCAAGGUCAAAGGUCACCACCUUUUAGAUUUAGUUCUGCUCAGGGUGUGAAAAAAGAAGAUCCACCAACUGGCUUACUUAAUCUUUACACAGAACAGAAAGGCAGUACCUUGUACAUAAAGAAGGGAACCACUCCAAACUCAAUUCUUGUAUGUUCCAAGAAUGCUGGAUCAUUCCAACCAGCAACACUAAACCUACUCACUAAAUCCGAAACACAAAGUUCUUCCGCACUAGAGAGAUAUAGGGUAUUGCCAAAUGUAGGUCAUCCUGCCCCAGUUUCCUGCCAACCUGUAUCAACCUCUUCAAAAUUAGGUCGGCCUGCUCGAGUUUCCUGCCGACCUGUAUUAACUUCUUCAAAAUUAGGUCAGCCUGCCCCAGUUUCCUGCCGACCUGUAUCAACCUCUCCAAAGUUAGGUCAUCCUGCCCCAGUUUCCUGCCAAUCUGUAUCAACCUCUUCAAAAUUAGGUCAACCUGCUCGAGUUUCCUGCCAACCUGUAUUAACCUCUCCAAAAGUAGGUCAUCCUGUCCCAGUUUCCUGCCAACCUGUAUUAACCUCUUCAAAAGUAGGUCAUCCGGUCCCAGUUUCCUGUCGACCUGCAUUAAACUCCUCCCCUAAUACGGCAUUUUCAGUGAUAAAAGACGGGCAGGAGCCAUCACCUGUGUCAACAGUGAUAUUCAUAAAAAAAGGGCAGCAGGGUACACCUGAACCAAGUAAAAAAGGGCAGCAGGGUACACCUGUACCAAGUGUUCCAUCACUUAAAGGAUAUGAUACAGUCCAAGCAUUGAGUUCUUUGUUAAGAGAAAAACCUUCACCUCGCUCUGGUGUGUCUCUGUUACAAGGACAAAAUACACCUGUGUCUCAAGGACAGAAUACACCUGUGUCUCAAGGACUGAAUACACCUGUGUCAGGUGCUUUACAAGGACAGAAUACACCUUUGUCACAAGGACAACAAACACCUGUAUCAGGAGCGUUACAAGGACAACAUACAUCUGUGUCAGGAGCGUUACAAGGACAACAUACAUCUGUGUCAGGAGUGUUACAAGGACAACAUACAUCUGUGUCAGAUUCAUCACAGGGACAACAUACAUCUGUGUCAGAUUCAUCACAGGGACAACAUACAUCUGUGUCAGAUUCAUCACAAGGACAACAUACAUCUGUGUCAGAUUCAUCACAGGGACAACAUACAUCUGUGUCAGGUGCGUUACAACAUACAUCUGUGUCAGGUGCGUUACAAGGACAACAUACACCUGCAUUACAUGGACAGAUAACACCUAUGUCAUGUGUUUCAGUUUUACAAGGACAGACUUCCCCUGUAAAGGGAUUUCCUGCCCCUAGUAUUCCAUUGUCAAAAGGCACACAGAAUGGUCCACAUGUUCCUCAUUUUUUAUUGAUUAAAGGAGGGCAACAUUUUCCUUCUCCAGGUGUGUCUAUGAUGACAAGUGGACAGCAUACAUCACAUGUCCCAGGGUUCUUACUGAUCAGGGGAGGCAAGCAGACGUCACAUGGGUCAGAUUUACAUGGUGAACUCCAGGGAGAACAAAAAGAAAAGGAAACGAAUGAGAUGGCUGCAGAAGACAUUGGAGAACUUGAAAUGUGUCAGGUGUGUUACAAGGAGACAACAUACACCUGCAGAAAUACGUGGACAGAGAGACAUCUAUGUCAUGUGUUUCAGUUUUACAAGGACAGACUUCCCCUGUAA